AUGAAGAUUAAAACCAUUGGUGAUGAGUCAAUUCACAACAUUUGUAGUAGUCAAGUAAUAUUUACUUUAAGUAAUGUUGUGAAAGAGUUAGUAGAAAAUUCUAUCGAUGCAGGUGCUACGGAAAUAAAAGUAAAAUUAGUUGACAAUGGGAUAAAAUUAAUAGAGGUUAGCGAUAAUGGAAAUGGAAUAAAAAAAAUAAAUUUUGAAAAUGUAUGUGCAAGACAUGCAACUUCAAAAAUUUCAGAAUUUGAUGAUAUACAUAAUGUAUUGGAUACUCUUGGAUUUCGAGGGGAAGCAUUAAAUUCAUUAUGUAUGUUAAGUGAUUUAUAUAUUAGUACAAAGCAUGAUGAAUUUGAGCAUGGUUAUUUAUUAAAAUUUGAUAAGUUUGGAAAAUUACUUCAUGAAGAGCCAAUUGCUAGAUUACGAGGAACUACAGUAAGUUGUGAAAACAUAUUUAAAAAUAUUCCAAUAAGAAAAAAAGAUUUAAUAAAAAAUAUAAAAAGUCAAUUAAGUGAUCUCUUAAGUUUAAUGCAACAAUAUGCUAUAAUAUAUUAUGAAAUAAAAUUUAUGAUUUUUAAUAUUGUUACGCAAAAAGGGUCAACAAAAAAUAUGAACAUGCUCAUAACAAAUGGUAGUGAUGAUAUAAAAAAAAAUUUUUAUUCAAUUUUUGGUAAAAAAAAUAUUGGAAAUUUGAUUGAUUUAAAUAUUAAGAAUGAAAAUUGGCUAGUCAAAGGAUAUAUAAGUGAUAGUAAUAGUGGAAGAAGAGAUAAAGACUUACAAUUUUAUUACAUGAAUAGUAGACCUAUACAUAUAAUAAAAAAUGUUAAUAAAAUAAUUAAUACUAUAUAUAGAGAAUUUAAUAGUAGGCUUUAUCCAAUUAUUAUAUGUAACAUAAUAUCUGAUGCUAAAAAUAUAGAUAUUAAUGUGACUCCUGAUAAAAGGGAAGUUUUUUUUACUUUUGAAAAUGAACUAUGUGAACAAAUAAAAACUGAAUUAAUUAAAUUACUAACUCCAAAAACAACAAAUCUUGUUGAUACACAAAUUGAUGAUUAUUUUUUUAAAAAAAACAAUCAAGCUAUAAAAAAUGAUGAAGUAAUAAAUGAACAUUCUACAAACACAGAAUGUCCAGACAUUGAAAAUGAGGAUGCAUGUUAUACUAGCACAGAUUAUAAACAAGUUGUAAAAAACGAAGAAAAUGAUAACAUAUUUAGAACAGAAAUAAAUGAAAAUGAGGAUACUGAAAAUUUUGAUUUUAAUGAAGAAAGACAAAAAAUAUAUAUUAAUAAAAUGAACAAUCAAAAAGAGAAUAAUUAUGACGAUAUAAAAGAAAAUUAUAUUAACAAUAAUGUAAAAAUAAAAAAAGAAUUUGAAAAAUCAUAUGAAGAUGAACUUGAUAAACUUAAUGAAUAUCCAUCAGAAAUGAAAAUCCUUGUGAAAGAAGAACCAGUAGAAUAUUAUGAGUAUCAAUAUGAAGAAUAUCCAAAUUUUAGUGAUGAAAAUAUUUUACAUAAUUCAAAUAAUGUAAGUUCAAAUCGAAAAGAAGAAGAUGCCACAUCUUUUGAAGAUAAAGAGUUAAGUGAUUAUUCGAGUGUAGGAAAAUAUAAAGUAGAUGCAAAGGAAGAUACAUUUAGUAAAUAUGGGUUAAAUAAAACAAGAAUCAAAAAAUCGGGUUCAAAAUCGGGUUCAAAAUCGGGUUCAAAAUCAGAUGCAAUAAAAACGGAAGUGGAAGAAAAAAACAAUGAAAGUGAAGAGGAAAGGAAAGAGCUUGGAAAUGGAGAAAUCGUUUAUGAGUACAAACUAGAUGAUGCGGAUGAUAACGAUGGGAGUGGUGGAGAUGACAAUGGUAGAGAUGAAAGUGGGCAUGAUGAACAGGCAAAAAGGAAUGAAGUAAAAAAAGAAGUUAUCAAUGAAAAUGAGUAUUCCUUUGAAAAUUUAAAAGAAAAUAUAAAAAAUAGUUGCAUCAAAAAUAUUCCUAUAAAUAUUAAUACAUAUAUUAAUAGAGAAGAUAUGAAAGAAGGAUUUGACUAUGACCAAAUUCAUUUGAUAAACUUAACAAACAGUGAGAAGGUGCGAAAUGCAAUUUUUAAAAAAAUAAAAGAAGUUGAAAAAGUAAAUGAUUAUUUAUGUUUAACAGAUGAAAAAGAAGAAAAUAAAUAUAACAAUAUAUUUAACACCAAUUUGAAUAUACAAAAAAGUUGUAACAAUAGUAGUAGCACAGUUAGUGGUAAUGGGGAAGAGGAGGAUAUAAAUUUCGAUAACAUUGAUGAGCAACAAAAAGAUUUAUAUUUUAAAUCUAAUUUGUUUAAUAAGUUAAAAAUAUGUGGACAAUUUAAUAAGGGAUUUAUAAUAUCAAAAAUAGACCUGCUUUAUUUUAAAAACGAAUUAGAAGAAGAUGGAGCAGAAGAAGAUGAAAAUUCUGAACAUAAAAACAAUUAUGCUUUAUUUAUUAUAGAUCAGCAUGCAGCUGAUGAGAAGUCAAACUUUGAAAAGUACAACAAAAUAUUUACUAUGAAGUCUCAAAAGUUAAUAAAUAAAAUUGAAUUAGAGUUAAGUCCAUCUCAGAUUCAUAUUAUUGAAAAGAAUUUUGUAAUUUUUUUGAGGAAUGGAUUUGAAAUAGAAAUUGCUGAAGAGCCAAUUAAUAAAAAAAGAAAAAUAAAUAAAGAUGAGGAUGAAGAAAAUGAUAUGCCAUAUGAAGAAAGUUUAGUGGAAAUAAAAGUUUAUUUAUUAUCACUACCUGUCUUUAAUGGUAAAAUUUUAGAGGUAGUUGAUUUUAUGUCCCUUUUAUAUCACCUAAGCAAUCAUCCUAUAAUAUUUGAUAAAGGGAUUGAUGAUUCAUUUUUAAAAGAUAAAAACAAACUGACUGAUAAUACGGGGACGUGGUUUAACUACAAUUUCCCUCGCCCUCAAAAGGUCUGGAGAAUCUUAGCAUCAAAGGCGUGUCGAAAUGCGGUUAUGGUUGGGAAACCACUAAACAUUUCAGAGAUGAUAACAAUUAAAAAAAAGUUAAGCGUUUUACAAAAUCCAUGGAAUUGCCCCCAUGGUAGACCAACGAUCAAAUAUAUUAUCAACAACAUUGAAGUACAAAAAUGUUAUACAAAUUAUUAUUUAAAAUUAUAUGAAGAAAUAGCAAAUUUAAGGAUAACAAAAAAUUAUGAAGGUUACAAACAUAUAUUUCAUGAUCACAUUUUCUUUUUAAUUAUGUCCACAAAACCAAUGCUUGGACCUGUUCUGAAGUUUCAGUAA